GCUCUCCCUGAAACAUUCCAGGGCUCGGCGCUGCUUUAUGGCGAUGCGGGGAAGCGGAGCAGCAGCUCGGGCUGGAAAUAACCCCCGGGACACAGAAAUAUCCUGUUCUUUGCAGGGAAAUAACGCCCAGGUCUCUGCCAGCCCGGCUGUAACGCGGGGCACGGCGAAGGGGCUGUGACCCGCUUUGCCCGGUGCUGCUGCCGGGGUGGCACAAAGGCUGCACCCCCCGGCCGUGGGGCUGUGUCUGCCGUCCCCUUGUCCCCCAGGAGGGACGCGGCGUUGUGUUUCCACCUGCACCCCCUCCUGACCCUGGAGAGGAGCCCCCGGAGAUGAUUUUUCCCAGCCGAAGGUGCUGACGAGGCUGGGGGGAGCCCGGCCGAGCUGUCGCCGGUGCUCGGGUUCAGGCGAGCCCGUGCGAUCGCAGCCGGAGCUGUGCAGACACCUCGGUGCUCGCUGGUGUCACGGGGGGCCGGAGAGGGCUCUGGGGUCUGUUUCGAGGAGCAGAGAGGUGCAGGGAGUCCAUCAGCAGCGUGUCCCGGGGGCCUGGACCAUGUUCCUGGAGGUGCAGCCAGCAUCUUCCCUCUGUCCAGCACGCAGUGACGUGGAGUCCCGGAGGGGAAAUGCAUCCUGAAUGGGGCUGAGGCCCCCUGCUCGGGAAUAUGCGGCCUCGGCACCGCGGAGGCAGCACCAGGGCAGCGGCCGGCGUGCGGCGGGAUGGUGGCAACCUUCAAGAUCGCCGUGCUGGGAGCCCAGGGCGUGGGCAAGAGUGCCAUAGUCCGGCAGUUCCUGUACAACGAGUUCAGCGAGGUGUGCGUGCCCACCACGGCCCGCCGCGUCUACCUGCCCGCCGUGGUCAUGAACGGCCACGUCCACGACCUGCAGAUCAUGGACUUUCCCCCCAUCACCGCCUUCCCUGUCAACACCCUGCAGGAGUGGGCGGACGUGUGUUGCAGGGGGCUCCGGAGCGUCCAUGCCUACAUCCUGGUCUAUGACAUCUGUUGCUUUGACAGCUUCGAGUACAUCAAAACCAUCCGCCAGCAGAUCCUGGAAACAAGGGUCAUCGGCACCUCGGAGACGCCCAUCAUCAUCGUGGGCAACAAGCGGGACCUGCAGCGGGGCCGGGUCAUCCCGCGCUGGAACGUCUCCAACCUGGUGAAGAAGACGUGGAAGUGCGGCUACAUCGAGUGCUCGGCCAAGUACAACUGGCACAUCCUGCUGCUCUUCAGCGAGCUCCUCAAGAGCGUGGGCUGUGCCCGCUGCAAGCACGUCCACACCACCAUCCGCUUCCAGGGCGCGCUGCGCAGGAACCGCUGCACCAUCAUGUGAGAUGUGAGCCCCCCCUGCCCCCGGGAACCCCCGGCUCCGCUCCCCGAGCGGCGCUGGAGGCACCUCCGUGUCCCCUGCCGUGACAUUUGGGGACGGGGAGCCCUGGGCAGGGCGGUGCAGUGGCCAGGCUGGACAGGGAGGUGGCCAGGAUGGACAGGGGGUGGCCAGGCUGGACAGGGAGGUGGCCAGGGAGGUGGCCAGGCUGGACAGGGGGGUGGCCAGGAUGGAUAGGGAGGUGGCCAGGCUGCCUGGGCAUGGUGAAGGGUGUGGGUGAUCCUUGGUUAAACCCCUGAGCUCUCUCCGGUGCUUGGGGCCGAAGCCAUCCCGGGGGGUUGUGCCCGGCGCUGGAGGGUGGAGCAGGAGCCUCGGAGGGUGCCCAGAUUUUGGCUGUCGGUUCAUCCUUGCCCGUCCCUGCCCUGGCAGCGCAGGGGCAGCGCUGCUGCUGCCAUCAGCUGCUCCUGGAAGGGAAUUACCCAGCGCCUGUACCCCGCUGUUCUGGCCGUGCUUCUGUCUCUGGGGCAUAGGGAAACAGGAAUCCUGCUUUUCCCCUUGUGGAGCUGGGAUUUCUCCCUACGGAGGGCAGAACAGCCAGGUUACAUGGGCUGUCUUUGAGCUCGGUCGGGUCAAAUUUCCAAGUGGAAUUUCUGGAUAAAAGCGAGAAAGGGGGGAAAAAAGUAAGUCAGAAUCCUGUUCCUGAUAUCCCCAGGAUGCUGGAUUCUGCUUUCCCAGGGCUCGCAGCUCCCCUCUGCCCCAGCACAGCCCCGGAAGGCUUCUCCUCCCCCCAGCCUGUGAACACCAAAUAAUCUGGGAACGCUCCUUGCCGGUCAGGUCACCCCUCCGCUACCUCUCGUCCCGGGCUCAGCAGGGACCGGCUUUGUUCCACCCCAGCCCCGCGGUGUCCCGGGCAGGGGGGCAGGGCUCCACUGUCCCUGUGCCAUGGCAGCCACCGGCAGGGCCACCAGCUCCCACCCCGCCGGCUUUUCCCGCAGGGAUGUCACCUCCAUCCCGGUGAGACCCUCGGCAGCAGCCGGGAGCUGGAGCAGCACUUCCAGUUGUGUUCUUGGGGUUUUUUUUCUCUCUGCAUAUCCCUUACAGGAAAGUGAGUCCCCCCGCUUUUUUUUUUUUAUUUCAUUUUUUUUUUUUUAAUCUUCUGGUUUAUUUUUCGCACCAGAGUUGCAGCCUGCCCUGCAGGGUGGGUUGGCAAAGGGCAGCCCCUGUCAGGAGAUGAUGAUGAUGAUGGGGCAGUGAAGGGCGAGCAAGAGGCCAAAGGGGUCGUGGUUUGUCCAUGGCUGGUCCCUGUGUGACACAGGGAAACACCAUCCUCACCUCCUGAGGCAGGAUCUGUGUCUGAUCCAUCCUCCAGCAAAACCAUCUCUGUAAUUCCUGCUGUAGCAAGGAGCUGGAGGGGCUCAGCGCUGCUCUGGGCAGCAAAAGAGGACACCCAGCCCUGUCUCCCACCACAGCCAGGUGUCCACGGCCCAGCAGCUCCGCUGUGCCCUCGAAAUGCUUCCCAUUAAAGGCAGCUCCAGCCGAGCUCCAGUGCCUCUCAGCGCCCCAUCCCUGCCCCAGGGCUGGGGGUACACACACCCUGCUGCUCCCUCCCUGCUUGGGGAAUCAAACCCCUUGCUCCAAAAUUAACAGAAAAAGGGAAAAAAUGAGGAAAGGCAAUGGGAGGGGACACGGGGCCAUCUCAGCUGGGAAGGGCAGUGGCACUUGUCACCAUCCCUCGCCUUCACGGCAAGCCCGGCUCCCCCAGCCAAGCUCAUCCUGUCAGGAUUUAUUAACACAUGUAAGUCCACUUAUCGAUCUCUGGCUAGAGCUUUAUCCCUCUAAAUCGUCUGAGAAGGAAAUUCCUCGGUAAAUGCUAAUAAUAAAGCAUUUAUGAAGUGCUCUGACGUACACAUAUCAACGACUAAGCCAAUACAUUGUUUGUUAUAACCCUGUAGCCUGCAGUUUAUAGCACAAUUAGUUACAGGUUUUUAUAGCAUCUAUUUAGUAUUUUGAAGAAAAAAAAAACCAAAAAAAAAAAAAAGGUUCUAAAUAUAAUUGUUAUAUUCUAUUGUACUUUAUAGACAGAGGAAGUUAUAUUAGUAAUAAUAACAACUCUCACUGCUUCGACAGCAUUUCCCAGCUCCCGGGAAAACGAGGGCUACAAAGAGUUACUUUCCCAAGAGCCCAGGAAGGGGUAGGUGGUGGUGGUGGUGGCACCCUGGGUGCAGGCAGGGAAUCCCAGGCAGGAAGAUCCGAGGUUUCCAGGCGCAGGGAUCGGAGCUCACGGGAGCACAGCAGCAGCCACGAGCACCCCGCAGCCCUACUCACACCUUACUACAGAUUUACCACUCACCCAACGCCAGCCUGGUCCUGCUGAGAGCAGCCUGGGCCUGGCACAGGCUGGGAUGGCCCCACUGCUGUGCCCAGGGCAGUGCCAGGUUUCUGCCCCCGUGCUCGUGGAGGUGAUGCCUGGGUUUGGUUCGGCCCCACCAAGGAUGCUUCCCUCUCCCUCCCUCCUCCUCCUGCCCCACUGAACAUCCCAGUUGCCUGGACUUGGCUUUCCUUUCCCCCCUGGACUCCUUGUCAGAGAUUCCCGAGGUGUCUACACCGCCUGUGACGCCCUGCACCUCCUUCUUUGAAAUUGAAUUAAAAAUCAGGUCUGUCCCCCUUGUUCCA